AUGCGUCAUCUUGGUUAUUGUCCACAACAAGAUUGUAGUAUGGACUUUUUAACUGUUCAAGAUGCUUUAUAUUUAUUAGCACGUGCACGUAGUGUUACAUUUUCACGUAUACAUUCAGUUGUUCAAACAAUUAGUUUAUUAUUUUUACUUGAUUCUUUUCUUCAUAAUUUUAUUCAUCAAUUAAGUGGGAGAACUAAACAACGAUUACAUGCUGCAUUUGCAUUAAUUGUUGCAAUUCUUGAUCAACCAACAACAACUGGUGUUGCUUCAAAUGCUCCACAACCAAUGCAAGAAAUAUUUCUUAAUGUUGUUAAAGCAAAAUUAACAAUGAUUUUAACAAGUCAUUCAAUGGAUGAAUGGUAA